AUCACUUUACAAUUUGACUGUUCAACGUGCUACCAUGUCCAUGGCCAUCUUCUUCAGUCCUUACUGAACUUUCUUUCAAUUCCCAAAUCUCAGCUCUGAGUUUGGACACUGAAGUUUGAACCAAUAAAACAUGUCGAUACAAAUUCAAAGACCGCCCAAUGAGUCAUGGGACUGUAUGUUACCGGGCCCACCAUCCCGUUCCAACGGCGGAUCCGUCGACAUUUCUCCCGCCGGCCUCUUCGCUUAUUCCUCCGGCAGCUCUGUUUCAGUCGUCGAAACUCAUUCCAUGCAACUCGUCACCACUAUCCCUCUCCCACCCCCUACCACCUCCACUACCUCACUUUCCCCUUUCAUUACCUCCGUUAAGUGGUCCCCACAGCCUCUCCCGCAUCUCAUCGACAUUCCUCAACAUCACCUCCUCCUCGCCGUCGGUGAUCGUCAAGGCCGAAUUUGUUUACUCGAUUUCCGGUCUAAAUCACCCACUGUUUUCUUCGAUACCGUUUCGGGUUCCGGUUCUAAAUUAGGGAUUCAGGAUCUCUGUUGGGUUCAAACUGGACCGGAUUCGUGGAUCCUAGCUGCUCUCUGCGGACCGAGUUUGCUCUCUCUUUAUAAUACUUCAACCGGUCGUUGUUUCUUCAAAUACGACGCGUCGCCGGAGUAUUUCUCGUGUAUCCGUCGUGAUCCGUUUGAUUCCCGCCAUUUUUGUGCCCUUGGGCUUAAAGGAUUUUUGCUUUCAGUAACUGCGUUAGGGGAUACGGAGAAUGAUGUCGUGUUAAAGGAGCUUCAGAUUCGUACGGACGCUUCUGAAUUACUGAAGCUAGAGAGAGAUUCAUCUUCAUCUGCUACCGGAGGUGGUAAUGGAGCUCCGGCGUCGGCUACAUUUCCGACGUACAUGGCGAAAUUCGCGUUUUCGCCGCACUGGAGGCACUUGAUGUUCGUGGCAUUUCCAAGGGAGUUGGUGGUGUUUGAUUUGCAGUAUGAGACGGCAUUGUUCUCUGCUGGACUGCCCCGGGGAUGUGGGAAGUUUGUCGAGGUGUUGCCCGACUCGAAUAUUGAGGUUUUGUACUGUGCUCAUCUUGAUGGAAAGCUCAGUACUUGGCGGCGGAAAGACGGAGAGCAAGUGCACACAGUGUGUGCGAUGGAAGAGCUAAUGCCCUCAAUUGGCACAUCUGUUCCUUCCCCCUCAAUUCUUGCAGCUGUUAUCUCCCAUUCAGUUGCCGCCCUUCAAAAUAUUGGCAAGCUAUAUUCAGAUGCACAUCAUUCAGUUGAUGUGGAUUUUGAUAAUCCAUUUGAUUUUUGUGAUGAAUCUCUUGUUUUAUCUAAGACUCGUUUGAUCUCCAUUUCUGAUGAUGGGAAAGUAUGGAAAUGGCUCCUGACUGCUGAAGGAUCUGUAGAUGUUCAGAAGGACAUGACAAAUCCAGAUAAUGUUGUAGAAGCCUGUAAAACUAUACCUUCAGAGAUUCCCAUUGGUCACAUCUCUGAGAUUAGUACUAGCAGCAGGACCAGUCUCUCAAAAUCCCCUACAAGCCAGGAUGAAGUGUCCUUCAAGAUUAGUCUAGUGGGACAGCUUCAUCUUCUUUCUUCAGCAGUGACUAUGCUGGCCGUACCUUCCCCUUCUUUGACUGCUACCUUGGGACGUGGAGGAAACUCUCCAGCUGUGGCUGUUCCGCUGGUUGCUGUGGGAACUCAAAGUGGUACAAUAGAUGUGAUUGAUGUCUCUGCCAAUGCUGUCACCGUUAGCUUUGCAGUCCAUAACAGUGUUGUCAGGGGAUUAAGGUGGCUUGGCAAUUCCCGGCUGGUUUCUUUCUCGUACUCACAGGGUACAGAAAAAGCAGGUGGCUACAUCAAUAGGCUUGUUGUGACAUGUCUUCGAAGUGGACUCAAUCGACCAUUUCGAGUUCUACAGAAGCCAGAGCGAGCACCUAUUAGAGCUUUAAGGGCUUCAUCUUCUGGCAGGUGCAUGUGUCAUCCCGUAAAUAUUGUGUGCAUGAAAAGAUGAAUUGCUUUUGUUUCCCCGACGCAGUAAAUUUAACGAGAUCUUUACUCUUUAAGUGUUAGUUUACAGCAUGUAUAUAGUGUAGUAUUGUCCCACAUUGGUAGAGGAGUAGUAUGUCCUUGUAUAGUAUA